GUUUCAAACUAGCCGUUGUGUAUCCGCUGUGUCAACAACUUCAUCUGACGCUCUCAAAUUUCUGUUGCCAGCCUUUUCCCUCACAUCCCCAAAUCAAUCACACCCAUAGUAGGACAAACUCCAAACAGCGAAGCUUUUUGCAAGAACCCUAAAAUAUCGCUGCCCUAACGAGCGGGUUUCUGCGUUUGGACAAAACCCUGCGGCCAUGUUUACUGAAGGGCUGGACGAGAGCGCCAUCAAUUGGAUCAAGAAGGGAGCAGAUGCAGAACAACUUCAAACUCGAACGCCAUUAACCGAGAAGCUAGAUAUGAAAUACCCUCUUCCUAGAUCGCCAUUAGCAUAUGGUUCGAGCAAUUCCCAUGUUCUGCCUCCGUUGAAAUUCCACUCUGGUCUACUGAAACCCCUCAACACUGUCACUCUAAGUGCCGAUAGCAAUGAAGAAGAAUCUGACUAUUACAACGAUGAUAAUUUGGAUGAGAGUGAGAGUGUGGGCUCGGCCCCAAAUGAAUUAUAUGGUAACCAAUCGGAUGAUGAGAUAGUAGAUAUACUGCCGGUCAUAAGGGGGUUUGAAGAUGUGUUUAACGUCAACCCAACAAAAAAACAGAAUGGGUCCACAAUAAAUAGAGGGCUGCUGAAAGAGGAUCUUAGGAUUGAAGUUCCCCCAAGUGUACGAAGAUUCAGCGAGGGGCUGGGCAGUGCAGUUUCAGGUGGAUUUAAAGAGAAAAUACAACCUCGAAGUGCAUAUGGUACUCCCAUUGGUGUGUUGGGUGAAACUGCAGACCUUGGGACUCCAAGUGCACCACCUUUCAUGGAUAUUGGGAAUGUACAUGACUUUGAGAUAGGUGAUGAGAAAAGCAUCAAUGGUCAAAACAAAGAAUUAGAGAAGGUUUUCCCUGGGGCUGAUGUGUUUUCAGAGCAAAGUAAAAAACCUUUGGAAGCUAAAGCAGAAGUUGGUAAAAGGUAUGAUGUAGAAAAACCAGCUAUUGGAAUUGGUUACUCUUUGUACAUGUCCCUUCACCUGCCAGACAUUCUUUGUAGGAUUGAUGAGGAAACGCUUGUGGGAAGAGAAGAUUAUCCUGCACCUGUGUGUAGCGCCAAUUCUGUUAGUCACGUACCAAAUUACCUUGCCAGUGGUCAGAAUGCAUGGCAAGCUCUUAUUGCUUAUGAUGCCUGUAUUCGUUUAUGUCUAAAUUCAUGGGCAAGAGGCUGUGCAGAGGCGCCUGAAUUCUUACGAGAUGAGUGUCAUCUUCUUCGUAAUGCUUUUGGGUUACACAAACUUUUGCUUCAGCCCAGAGGUGUGCAACAAACUGAACGAGAUACUAAGACCAUAGAACAGGCAACAGCUUCAAAAGUGAAAAGGACAGUAGGAAAGAUUCGCGUGGAAGUGAAAAAGCUCCGUAUAGUACCUCAGAGAAGAAAGCUUAAGAACACAAACUCCAUGAGAGGAGCUAUUUACCUACAAGCUGGGGCAGACUAUGUCCGACAUGUUUCAUCUAGAGUGAGACGCAGAAUCAAUUUUCUCAAACACAGUACAUUAUCUUUGACAUGUGAAGAAUCACUUUCAUGCAUGAUUAAUCUUAGAAGUUCAAUGGAAGAUAAUGAAGGGGAACCAUCUUCUGCCAUCAUGAUGCGACCAGGAACUGGUGCAUAUCAUGACUUUUUUCCUGAGACUCAAGGAGAUACUCUGUCACUUGAAGUUCUGGACACUAUGAAAAAUGUUCAAGGUUGUGCCACAAUUCCAGUUUCUUCCCUGACAGAGAAUCCAAAUGAUAGAGUGCGCUGGUGGCCCAUCUAUCACAUCAAUAAUGAAUGUGUCGGCAAGGUCUUGCUCUCAAUUGGAAGUUCAUUUACAACUGAUGAGACAGUGCCUAUGAAGAGUGGAUCAAUAGUGGAGACCCUAGCAUACGAUCUUCUACUGGAGGCUGCCAUGAGGGCGAUACAGUUUCAUGGGCGGAAUUUACGCAUUGAGGGGCCCUGGAAAUGGAUCUUGUCAGAAUUUGCUGACUACUAUGGAGUUUCUGACUCGUACACAAAAUUGAGAUACCUUUCUUAUGUCUUGAAUGUCGCCACUCCAACUAAAGAUUGCUUAGAACUUUUGCAUGAGUUGCUUGUCCCAGUCCUCAAGGCCAGAAGUGAGAGAAACUUAACAAGACAAGAAAAAAGCAUUCUAUUAGAUUGUGAGAAUCAAAUCGAAAGGCUUUUGGCAGAGGUGUUUCAGAACUACAAGUUGCUUGAUGAAAAAUCUGCAACCGGUUUGGCAGAUAUGUCGGCUCCAAUAUCAGAAACUGCAGCACCAGCACUAACUCCGGCCGUUCAAAUAUACACAUUUCUACAUGACAUACUAGCUCAAGAUGCUCAGACUGUGCUGAGAAACUAUCUUGAGGCGGCAGCAAUAAAAAGAUGUAGAAAGCACAUGAUGGAGACAGACGAGCUUGUGUCAAGCAACUCCGAGGGUUUUGUUAUGGAUGCAGAUACGAUAUCUAAAGCCUACAUGAAGAUGAAGAAUCUGGCCAUCAACAUAAGAAAUGAAAUUCACAUUGACAUAAAGAUCCAUAAUCAGCAUAUAUUCCCCAGUUCAAUAGACUUGUCUACCAUCACAUCAACAGUAUACAGCAGAGAAUUGAACAAGAGACUUGGAAGCUUCUUAGCCUCAUGGCCGCCAUCAAGUCCCAUGCAACAUGUGAAUGAACUUGUGAUAGCAUUGUCUGACUUUGAAAGGAGUCUCGAAUCGUGGAAUAUCAGCCCUGUCCAAGGUGGUGUUGACUCCAGAGACUUAUUCCACGGAUACAUCAUGGUUUGGAUACAAGAUCUACAACUCACCUUGCUUGAUCUUUGCAAAGCAGAAAAGGUACCUUGGGCCGGGGUGUGCACAAAAUAUUCAACCUCUCCAUUUGCAGAGGAAAUGUUUGAAAAGAUGUCAAGGAUGCUCAUUGAAUAUGAGGUCGUGAUCAAUCAAUGGCCUCAAUAUACAUUGGUUUUGGAGAACGCGGCUGCAAAUGUGGAAAGGGCGAUAAUUAAAGCUCUAGAGAGGCAAUACCAUGACAUUUUAGCCCCUCUAAGAGAUAGCAUUCCCAAAAAAAUAGGCAUGCAGGUUCAGAAGUUGGCCAGGAGGCAAUCAACAGCAUAUUAUUCCAUUCCGAGCCAGCUCGGAAUUUUUUUGAAUACAGUGAAGAGAAUCCUGGACGUUCUGCACUGUAGGAUAGAGGACAAACUCAAAUUGUGGGCUUCCUAUCAACCUGCAAAUGGAGAUAAUAAAUCCACUUUUGGGGAGCCGAUGAAUGCUAUAACUGUUCUUCUACGAACAAAGUACAAAAACUAUAUUCAAGCUAUUGUUGUCAAGCUGACUAGCAAUAUGCAAGAUAACAGGAGCACUCGUCUUCAGAGAAUCUUGGAGGACACAAAAGAAGCCGAUGGGGAGGCUCAGAUUCGAGAGAGGAUGCAAUUGCUGAGCACACAACUCUCUGACACCAUCUCUAACUUGCAUGAAACCUUCACGAGCCAAAUCUUUGUGGCCGUCUCUCGUGCUUUCUGGGACAAAAUGGGACAAAUUGUGCUGAAGUUUCUGGAAGGGAGAAAGGAGAAUCGGGUCUGGUAUACAGGAUCUUAUCACGCUUUGGGGGUUCUGGAUGACAUAUAUGCAUCCGAGAUGCAGAGGCUGCUGGGGAAUGCACUGCAAGAAAAGGAUUUGGAGCCCCCUCGAUCAAUCACGGAAGCUCGAUCCAUACUGUCGAGAGACACUACCAACAGAAUGGAUUCGUCCUCGUACAUAUAUUUCUAGAUUAUUAACCACUUGAUGCUCCUUUUCCCCAUGUUGCUGUUGUGUUUGUUUUAGCAUGGAAUUUUUUUGAAGUAUAUGAUUCUUUUUGUAUGUAAAACGUUGAUUAAUUCUUUGAUAAUAAGUAAAAGACGUAUCUUUUUUUCCCAGUUAGGCAUAGUAGUGAUUCAAGACAUGUUGCUGUUGUGUUUGUUUUGGCAUGGAGUUAUAUCAUUCUUUUUGUAUGUAAAACGGUGAUUAGUU